AUGAAUCCUAAUGAAAGUUCAUCCUUUGAAACUUCUCCACCAAAAGAUAAUGUGAGUGGUAAAGUUUUCAGUCAAACAUCGUCGGAAUCAACGACACCUAGUUCAAGUAAUAAUUUAUUUGCUCCCUCUGAGGACUCAUCAUUACAACAUACAUCUAGUCCCUACUAUAGUGGUGAACGGGAGGCUGUUUCAGUUGUAGAAACGGACGCAUUUAGUUUUCGCAAAUUAUGGGCGUUUACUGGACCUGGAUUCUUAAUGUCCAUUGCAUAUCUCGACCCUGGAAAUAUAGAAUCCGAUUUGCAGAGCGGAGUUGUGGCUAAAUACAGCUUGUUGUGGGUUUUGUUUGCUGCAACACUACUAGGUUUAGCUAUGCAAAGAUUGGCUGUGAAGAUUGGAGUCGUUACAGGAUUCCAUUUAGCAGAGAUGUGUUACAAAGAAUAUAAAACCAUUCCAAGGUUGAUGCUCUGGCUCAUGGUAGAAGUUGCUAUUAUUGGAUCGGAUAUGCAAGAAGUAAUUGGUACUGCGAUUGCUAUCUACUUAUUGUCAUAUAAACGAAUACCAUUAUUCGUCGGUGUGUUAAUAACCAUUCUAGAUACAUUAUCUUUCCUGUUUUUGGAAAAGUAUAAACUUCGUCGAUUGGAAUUUUUUUUUGGGUUUCUCAUCACUACAAUGGCUGUUUCUUUUGGUUACCAGUACAUCAUUAGUGAUAUACCACAAGCAGAAGUAAUUGAAGGAAUGUUCAUUCCGUGGUCAUCUGAUUAUCGACAGGGCACUUUGUUGCAAGCUGUUGGAAUAAUUGGGGCUGUGAUUAUGCCUCAUAAUUUAUACUUACAUUCAGCUCUAGUCAAGACUCGGGUCAUCAACAGAAGCAACCCCAAUGAAGUUCAAGUGAUCAAAGAGAUUAAAGAUGCUAAUCGAUAUUAUUUCAUAGAGGCGACAUUAGCACUGAUAGUAUCGUUCAUUAUAAACGUAUUUGUGGUUUCGGUGUUUGCUCAAGAUCUGUAUGGAAAGACUAAUCAAGAUGUGAUAGAUAAGUGCUCCAAUACAUCUUUUUCAAAUGAUAUUUUAUCGGCAUUUGCCACGAACAAUGCUACAGUCGAAAUGAAUAUUUAUAAAGGUGGUUUGGUACUAGGAUGCUUUUAUGGUGGGUUAUCAAUGUAUGUUUGGGCAAUUGGUAUACUUGCGGCUGGGCAAAGUUCGACCAUGACCGGAACUUACGCUGGACAAUUUGCUAUGGAGGGAUUUCUGAAUCUACAAUGGUUACGCUGGAAGCGAGUAUUAUUUACUAGAACUGUAGCAAUCAUUCCAGCCUUUUAUGUUGCAUUCUUCAGUAAGCUUGAAGAUUUAACGAAGAUGAACGAUGUGUUAAAUGCAGUCAUGGCAUUACAACUACCAUUUGCUGCGAUACCAACUGUUGCAUUCACUUCAUCACUAGCGAUUAUGACAAGCGAAUUCGUCAAUGGAGCAUUUGAGAAAAUAAUUUCUAUUGCUCUUAGUUUUGUUGUGAUCGGAAUUAAUCUGUACUUCAUCAUAGCGAAUUUAGAGCAGGUUGAUUUGUCCACACUAAUGAUAUUUGGCGUAGUUGUGUUUAGUGUAUUCUACGUUGCAUUUCUCGCCUAUCUGGUUCUCCAUAUGAUGGUUUGCUCGGGAAAUAAAACACUAGCUGCUAACAGGCUCAUAAAACAGUUCGUGAUUAAAACCAACAAUACCUUAAAUGAAGAGUUGAUUGACAACCGUCGGUGAUUCGAUAUCAUAGUCAAUCACAAUUAUUUUUUAUCAACUUUAAUGUCUUCAUUCAGCAAUGUCUAGCAUAGAAUGUAAAUAUUUCAAUUAAAAGAAAUCCUUAAAAAACCAUGAAACCUAAAUACCGUUGAGUGCCUUGAAAUUGUUAUUACUUGUCAAUGCAUUAUUUUGAUGGUAGUGUAACGUUUUAUGGCAAACAUGUUUCAAGAGGCUUUGAGUUCGGCUUCUGUUUUUAAGUAUGUAUGUAACUUAUAAGGGUCUGUGCAAUAAAAAUAGCAUUAA